AUGCCGGUUCAGUACGAAGCCAAGGGCAGCAAGCAUGCCUUGAGCAUCAUUGACUCGACCAAGUGGACAAGAGAGAGCGCUUCUCUCUUCGAUGUCAGCCACAUGUGCAGCAUCAGGUGGACCGGCAAGGAUGCCUUUGACUUCGUUGAGCGCGUGACCACCGCUGAUGUUUACGGACUGCCGCCCAUGACGGGGGGUCUGAGCGUUAUCACCAACGAGCGGGGCGGCGUGAUCGAUGACACCUUGGUGACGAAGUGCCACUCGAAGGAGCAUGGUGAGCACGUCUAUCAGGUCGUGAACGCCGGUUGCGCUACCAAAGACCUGAAGCACUUCGAGGAGCAGUUGGGCAAAUUUGGUGGCGAUGUGAAGAUGGAG